AUGGAAGAGUCUAAGACCUCUAAAAAUGAAAAUCAUGAACCAAAGAAGAAUGCUUGGGCUAUUUGUGAAGAAAGCAAAGCAGUAAAAGUUAUAAAUAAUCAGACUUUGAAAACAAGAAAUGAUAAAUCCUUUAAAGAAAUUGGGACCAGCUCUCCAAAUAGGAAUAGUAGUAAAAAAAAUAAGCAAAAUGAUACUUGUAUAGAAAAAACGGAAGUUAAAUCAUGCAAGGUAAAUCCUGCCAGUGUUCCAGGCCCUAAAGAUUUGGGGUUGGUCUUUCGAGAUCAAAGUCUUUGCAAAGCAAAAAAAUCACCUAAGUCGCCACUAAAAGUCGAAAAGGCGUCUAUUUCACAGGCAAAAGUAGAAAAGACACCUAGUUUACAGGCAAAAACAGAAAAAUCACCAAAGUCACCUAAUUCACCAAGAAGAACAGAAAAAGUACCCAGUUCUCAGAUGAAAUCAGAAAAGGUGCCUAAUUCACCAGCAGAAGCUGAAAAUGUGCCCAGUUUACUGUUGAAAGAAAAUAUGAGACAGAUGGAAUUACAGCAGAUUGGGAGAAAAAUUCCAAGCUCCUUUACUUCUGUGGACAAAGUGAAUAUUGAAGGUGUACAGGGGAAAAAAUGUGCUCUGGAAAAUUCAUUACGAUCUCAGAAGCAACAGACAUGCACAGAUAAUAUUGGUGAUUCUGAUGAUAGUGCUUCAGGAAUUGAAGACAUAUCGGAUGAUUUGAGUAAAAUGAAGAAUGAUGAAUCAAAUAAAGAAAAUUCCUCAGAGAUGGAUUAUUUAGAAAAUGCCACUGUGAUAGAUGAAUCUAUACUGACACCUGAACAGAGGCUUGGCUUGAAACAAGCUGAAGAACGCUUAGAAAGAGAUCAUAUCUUUCGACUUGAAAAACGCUCACCAGAAUAUACCAAUUGCCGAUACCUAUGCAAACUUUGCUUAAUUCACAUUGAAAACAUACAGGGAGCUCAUAAACAUAUAAAGGAGAAACGACAUAAGAAAAAUAUUCUGGAAAAACAGGAAGAAAGUGAACUUCGUUCUCUGCCACUUCCUUCCACUGCCCACUUGGCCGCUUUAAGUGUUGCAGUUGUUGAGUUAGCAAAAGAACAAGGGAUAACAGAUGAUGACCUCAGAGUUCGGCAAGAAAUUGUGGAGGAAAUGUCAAAGGUUAUAACAACAUGUUUACCAGAAUGUUCACUUAGGUUAUAUGGCUCAUCACUGACUAAGUUUGCUUUGAAAAGUAGUGAUGUUAAUAUAGAUAUAAAAUUUCCUCCCAAGAUGAAUCAUCCAGAUCUUCUAAUACAAGUACUUGGGAUUUUAAAAAAAAAUGUAUUGUUUGUAGAUGUGGAAUCUGAUUUUCACGCUAAAGUUCCUGUUGUGGUGUGCAAAGAUCAGAAAAGUGGUUUACUUUGUAGAGUGAGUGCUGGAAAUGAUAUGGCAUGCCUCACUACUGAUUUACUGGCUGCUCUGGGCAAAAGGGAACCUUUCUUUACUCCCUUGGUGUUAGCUUUUCGCUACUGGGCAAAGUUGUGCCAUAUUGAUUCCCAAACUGAUGGUGGAAUCCCCUCUUACUGUUUUGCUUUAAUGGUGAUGUUUUUUCUACAACAAAGAAAACCCCCUCUUCUUCCUUGCUUACUUGGAAGUUGGAUUGAAGGCUUUGACCCAAAAAGAAUGGAUGACUUUCAGCUGAAGGGCAUAGUAGAAGAGAAGUUUGUGAAGUGGGAAUGUAAUUCAAGUAGUGCAACUGAGAAAAACUCAAUUGCUGAGGAAAACAAAGCUAAGGCAGACCAACCAAAAGAUGAUACCAAGAAGACAGAAACAGACAACCAAAGUAAUGCCAUGAAGGAAAAACAUGGCAAAUCUCCUUUAACAUUGGAAACACCAAAUCAGGUAUCCCUGGGACAGUUAUGGUUAGAGCUACUAAAAUUUUACACACUGGACUUUGCUUUGGAGGAGUAUGUCAUAUGUGUACGAAUAAAAGAUAUUUUAACAAGAGAGAACAAAAACUGGCCUAAAAGACGAAUAGCCAUUGAAGAUCCGUUUUCAGUCAAGAGGAAUGUUGCACGGAGCUUAAACAGCCAGCUUGUUUACGAAUAUGUUGUGGAAAGGUUCAGGGCAGCUUAUCGGUAUUUUGCCAGUCCUCAGAGAAAGGGUGGAAAUAAGUCUACAGUGGAUUCCAAGAAAAAAGAAAAGGGGAAAAUAAGCAAUAAGAAACCAGUGAAGUCGGACAAUAUGGCAACCAAUUGUUGCAUUCUGCUUGGAGAAAGCACAGAAAAAAUAAAUGCAGGAAGAGAUCUACUGGAUAAAUAUGAUGAAAUGGAAUGUACAUCACAGAGAUGUAUUACUGACAAUGUUUCGUUGGUGAAUGAACUAGAUUUGGCUGGACAUGGACAGGAAUCUUCAUCUCUCAUUACCAGUGAAGGCAGUCAAUUAGAGCCAAAAUCAGUUAAGAAACAGAAUGAUUUAUCACCCUCAGAAACUUAUGUGAAAAAGGAGCUCAGCCAGUGUGAUUGCAAUGAAUAUAAGUCCCCUGACCCAAGUGAAUCUGCCACUACUGGGUGCAGGUCAAAUUUAGAAACACAGAAUUCACUUCAGAUUGCGUGCGCUGACAUGUCUGCUACCUCUUGCAAGUGCAAAGCUACAGAAGAUGCUUCUGACACUAAUGGUGAUGAUAUCCUCCUCACCCAGGAAUUAUAUUAUGUGUUUGAUAAGUUUAUUUUAACCUCUGGCAAGCCACCAACAAUAGUAUGCAGCAUCUGCAAAAAGGAUGGCCAUUCAAAAAAUGAUUGCCCAGAAGAUUUCAGGAAAAUUGAUCUAAAACCUCUUCCACCAAUGACAAACCGGUUUCGGGAAAUACUGGAUUUAGUGUGUAAGAGAUGUUUUGAUGAGUUAUCACCACCUUUCUCUGAACAACACAACAGGGAGCAAAUUUUAAUUGGUUUGGAAAAGUUUAUUCAAAAAGAAUAUGAUGAAAAAGCAAGAUUGUGUUUAUUUGGCUCUUCUAAGAAUGGAUUUGGAUUUCGUGAUAGUGAUCUGGAUAUUUGUAUGACCCUGGAAGGCCAUGAAAAUGCAGAGAAAUUAAAUUCUAAGGAAAUAAUAGAAAAUUUGGCAAAAAUUCUUAAGAGACAUCCAGGUUUAAGAAACAUUUUGCCUAUAACUACUGCCAAAGUGCCUAUAGUGAAAUUUGAACACAGACGAAGUGGAUUAGAAGGUGAUAUCAGUUUAUAUAAUACAUUGGCUCAGCAUAACACAAGAAUGCUAGCUACUUAUGCAGCUAUUGAUCCUAGAGUGCAGUACUUGGGAUAUACUAUGAAAGUGUUCGCUAAGCGAUGUGACAUAGGAGAUGCUUCCAGGGGAAGUUUAUCUUCAUAUGCUUAUAUCCUCAUGGUGCUGUACUUUCUGCAGCAACGAAAACCACCUGUUAUCCCAGUUCUACAAGAGAUCUUUGAUGGAAAACAGAUUCCACAGAGAAUGGUUGAUGGAUGGAAUGCCUUUUUCUUUGAUAAAACAGAAGAAUUGAAAAAGCGUUUACCUUCACUUGGAAAGAACACAGAAACAUUAGGAGAGCUUUGGCUGGGACUGCUUCGCUUCUAUACUGAAGAGUUUGAUUUCAAGGAAUAUGUAAUUAGCAUUCGGCAGAAAAAGCUGUUGACAACGUUUGAGAAGCAGUGGACAUCCAAAUGCAUUGCAAUUGAAGACCCUUUUGAUUUGAAUCAUAACCUUGGUGCUGGAGUUUCCAGAAAAAUGACCAAUUUUAUCAUGAAGGCAUUUAUCAAUGGAAGGAAACUUUUUGGUACCCCCUUUUAUCCCCUCAUUGGCAGAGAAGCUGAGUACUUCUUUGAUUCCAGAGUAUUAACCGAUGGAGAACUGGCUCCCAAUGAUCGAUGUUGCCGCGUGUGUGGAAAAAUAGGCCACUACAUGAAAGACUGCCCUAAGAGGAGAAGCAGUUUACUGUUUAGACUAAAGAAGAAAGACAGUGAAGAAGAGAAGGAAGGGAAUGAAGAAGAUAAAGACUCCCGAGAUGUUCUUGACCUCCGAGAUGGCCACGACACUCGAGACUAUAGAGAUCCCAGAGACCUCAGAUGUUUUAUAUGUGGAGAUGCAGGACAUGUACGAAGGGAGUGCCCAGAGGUCAAGCUGGCCCGACAGAGGAAUAGCAGUGUGGCAGCAGCCCAGCUGGUCCGCAACCUUGUAAAUGCCCAGCAGGUGGCCGGUUCAGCUCAGCAACAGGGGGAUCAGCCCAUAAGGACUAGACAGUCCUCAGAAUGUUCUGAUUCACCAUCUUAUUCCCCUCAGCCUCAGCCAUUUCCACAGAACUCUUCCCAGUCAGCUGCUAUUACUCAGCCUCCAUCACAGACAGGAUCCCAACCUAACCUUGGCCCACCUCAGCAGGGAGCCCAGCCUCCACAUCAGGUCCAGAUGCCUAUGUUUAACUUUCCUCAGUCACCACCAGCUCAGUAUUCUCCCAUGCACAAUAUGGGAUUAUUGCCAAUGCAUCCGCUCCAAAUCCCUGCCCCAUCUUGGCCCAUUCAUGGCCCAGUGAUCCACUCUGCACCAGGCAGUGCCCCCAGCAAUAUUAGCCUGAAUGAUCCCAGCAUCAUCUUUGCACAACCUGCUGCCAGACCCGUGGCGAUCCCUAGCUCCUCUCAUGAUGGACACUGGCCUCGUACUGUGGCUCCGAAUUCCCUGGUGAACAACAGUGCAGUUGGGAAUUCAGAGCCAGGCUUUCCAGGACUAAAUCCUCCAAUUCCUUGGGAACAUGCACCACGUCCCCAUUUCCCCCUUGUCCCAGCUUCGUGGCCUUAUGGUUUGCAUCAAAACUUCAUGCAUCAGGGAAAUGCCAGAUUUCAGCCCAACAAACCUUUCUAUACUCAAGACAGAUGUGCCAACCGUCGAUGUAGAGAGCGUUGUCCCCACCCACCGAGAGGAAACGUGUCGGAGUAA